AUGGGUAGGAAGCGGUGUGUCGGUGCGGAUUGUUCAAAGAUGGCGGCCGGGUGCUGCGGGGUGAAGAAACAGAAGCUGUCGGGGUCCCCCGGGUCAGGGGGCCCUGGCGGGGUGGGGAGUGGGGUAGUAGGGACUGGACACUGCGGAUCGGACUUGGGGAUCGGUUCUUCCUCGUCUGUGGCGGUAGGGAGUGUGAAUCGGGUGAAUGGCCUUGGGGGUCCGGGGGGUAGCAGUAGCAGCAACACCAACUCGCUGUCCCCAACUCCGGGAGGCUACAACUCAGCUGCACUCUCUUCGAACCACAGCCCCGGACCAGGCUCGUGUAGCGGGGGCAGGAAGAUGGUUGUUUCGGCGGAGAUGUGCUGCUUUUGUUUCGACGUACUUUAUUGCCAUCUGUACGGAUACCAGCCCCCACGAACACCUAGGUUUACAAACGAUCCUUACCCGCUGUUCGUCACGUGGAAGAUAGGACGGGACAAGCGGCUGCGGGGUUGUAUAGGUACAUUUUCAGCCAUGAACCUCCACUCAGGACUCAGGGAAUAUACGCUAACCAGUGCCCUUAAAGACAGCCGCUUUCCCCCCAUGACCAGAGACGAGCUCCCCCGGCUGUUCUGCUCUGUGUCUCUGCUCACCAACUUCGAGGACGUUGGUGAUUACCUAGACUGGGAGGUGGGAGUGCAUGGCAUUAGGAUAGAGUUUUUCAGUGAAAAAGGCUCCAAGCGCACAGCCACCUACCUUCCAGAAGUUGCCAAGGAGCAAGGAUGGGACCAUAUUCAGACCAUAGAUUCCUUACUACGAAAGGGUGGCUACAAGGCUCCCAUCUCAAAUGACUUCAGGAAGACCAUUAAAUUGACCAGGUAUCGCAGUGAAAAGGUGACGAUGAGCUACGCGGAUUACAUCGGCCAUCGCCAGCAUCAUCACUACCAAAACGGCAUCGGUCACCCUCUCCCGCCGUACAACCAUUAUUCCUGACACCGAGCCGCGUGACCAGCCCCGGGACGGCCCCGCUGACCUCUUCCCAGGAGAGCCCGCCUCCUCCUGGUCUAGCUACAUCUACUACUGUAACAUUUUAUGAUGAUUGCUUCCGUUGCCAUGCCAGCCUCCUCUCGGUCGGCAUGGCAGCGGGCAGCAAUGCCGUCACAGAUGUUCCUUUUUCCUUUUUUUUAUUUUUUUUAUGUUGUUACUGAGAUUUUGCAGCACAUAUGGUCCACAUUUCCCAUUUAUUUUAAUCAAGUACUGAAUAUUUUUCAUUUAUAAAUCCCAAUCAGGUUAAAGAAGUCUGUGGAUGGAAGGGAAGAUUGGGUCUGAUAGAGUUCUUGCCUUUGUGCAUUGCAGUUUAGCUGCGUGCAGAUGAUAGCUCAUUUCUAUCCAUUUUUCUGUUUUUCAAAGCAACCAGCUUAACCGAGUUCUUUAGGCUGGGCAUAAGGUUACUCUGUUCAUUGAAGGAUGCUGGGAAGUGAAGUCUUUUGUAGUGUUGUGAGCUCUUGAUGUCACUUCCUGUGUGCUGUAGAUUGUUAGGAUUGUGGUGCCGUACGGUUUCGAUUCCCCACAAUCAGGUGAGGGCUUUUCUGAGUGUAGUAUUUGGAAGCUAAUACAUAAUAAUUGCAAAUGUGGAAAAAUAUUUCACAUUUUGAGAAACUAGCCUGCAAGUCUUGAGACAAAAAAUAUAUAUUAUGCAAUAUUUUCCUCCCGCUCCAUCAUAUAGAAAUCUUAAUUUCAACCUUGGGUAAUUAUCAGGCUUGUCGGUUGGUUUGGAAGGCUCUUCUAUGCAUCUUUUGAAACAUUUCUAGCUAGCAAGUGUGAGAAGACGGGACCCUCUCUUUCGGCUGUGAGUUUGGGUGCCUGGGCGUCAUGCGCAGGACGAUGUUCUGGAAGGACGCCAUCACUGUGCUGCCCGACGCGGUCUUCUCCUCCACCCUCUGUUCACAGGGACGAGCUUAAACGAAAAGCCAUAUUGUUAAAAACACGCUCAUCGCCAGCGCUCACGUGUCUGAGUCAGAGUGAUGCUGAUUCUAAAAUCGCUCUGUCUGUUUACCUGGAGAGGACUAAGGCCACAGAGGGAUUCUGCCUGUUUUCAUCUCGCGGUUGACCUCUCUUUUUGCCACAUGGAAAAUGUUGCUGGGGUGUCGGCCAAGCCUCCAUUUUAGGACACGCUUUGGUUGAGGCUUUUCCAGCGACGCUCAUUUUCACACUAGUCUGUCUUUUACGCUUCAUGUGUGCAGGUUAACCAGUUCUCAAGUGUGUUAUGCCAACGCACAGUUCUCGAUUCUUGGCUAAUUCAACAAACCAUGCUACAGUUUAUGUUGGUGUUCGUGUUUAUAGACUAGGUGCACCUGAAAAUAAGAACAUACGGUCUAGCAGAAUCUGAAAUCUCUGCUUUAUUUGUUGAUUAACUGAUUUUCAAUUUGAACUAUUUGGUGAAUUUUGGACCUUUUUUAAUCUUGUUACCAGGAAACGAUAUGUCGUGUAGCUCAGACAUCAUUUUAAUCAUAUCAAAAUUAAACUUCGCUUGUUGAGAGUUUGUGCCACGCUUAAGCCAUGUCUGUUUGCAGACUCAUUGAAAUUGCUGUCUUUCUACGACAGAUUACACAUCCCUGUCCGUACGAACGACUCGUUUCUUCCGUAGUUUUUAAGGGCUUUUUGUAUUCCAUCCACAGAAACCUUGCUUUUUUUUUUUACAAAUAUCAAAAACCAUUUCAAUUGAGUUGCCUUAAUGAUUUAAUGAAAAGGACCAGGAAAUCGGUGUCUGUGUGCUCGUGUCUUUAACACUCAAACAGAGGGGGCGAAUCACUGCAGCCGAUUCUUACGACGCUUUCAUUCUCAAAAACGAUCAGCUAAAGCUCUUUGCGGAGGGGGGGAGGGGGGAUUGAGAGCAUCAUUUCCUUGCUUGUUCAUUACCCAGCAGCCUCGGCUGAUAGCCCCCAUCCCCGUCUGCUGUGGCUGGAGGACUGACUCGGACCUCUGCGUUUGAGGGCUGGUCUCGCCGCUGUUUAAUGUGGCCCGGUCCGGCUGUGCUACCGGGUGCAUUUUAAAUAACGGGUUUCCCUGCCUGCUCCGUAAAGUUUGUGGCGCAAGCCCGUGGAAUUAAUAGCUUAAAAGCUGUUGUAUUUGGCCGUGGGCGGUACACACACAGGGCUUCACAUCCUUACAGAAGUACCUGUGCGGCGGUAGGGUUCAGACCCUGGGGUGGAUCUCUCCCUCUGAAUGAGGCUCGCUGCGUCUCAGCCUGUUCUCCUGUCUGUGACCGAGCACGCGUGCGGUUCCUGGUCCCUUCUUUAAAAAGAGCACAAACCCAGUAUUUUCUGCUGCAAAAACCAAGUCUUAUCACAUACAUACGACAGUACAUACCUGGUAUGCACAUAUGCAAGAAGUGUAUGGCAUAUGUGUACUCAUCCAUAUGUGUACAAGUCCCUAUUGUUUCCUUGGCAUGUUUGUUCUAGUAGAGAUGAUAGAAAUUCAACCUUCUUUAAAAAAAAAAAAUGGUGCUAAUGCAGUGGACCUCAUGCGGAAGGUCACGUGACUGGUCAUGUGGACUCAUUAAUCAUAUCUUAUCCUUGAUAUAUGCAGAUCUGUUUUACAGGUGUUUCUUACCAGUGUACCGAUGAAAUCAGGUCCUGCAGGUUUGAAGGGACAGGGAUGGUGAGCCACCCCCCCCUCCCUGUUCUCCCUCCCGUGGCUUGGGGGAUAACAGCACAGCUUUCAGGCAGUCUGCGUCACCGCAGAUCCGCGUGCUGAAGGCACAUUCAUUCUGGACCAGGACUGAGAGUAUCACAGUAGGAGGGCACUGAUCCUUUUUUUUUAUUUUUAUUUCCACCCGAAAAACACUGGGAUCAAUUUGCCCUGCUUAGGAAGGCGCACGUGGUCUGGAUGCGUUCUAACAUUCACUAGGCAAUCUGAGCGUUUCAUUUCUUGAAAACGUCGCUUUUCGCUCUCCAUGGCUUUAACGGCCGUCUGCUCUUAAACCAGCCCAGCUGAGCACCUCGUGUUGUAAGUACUGUAGGUGAAGACUGGAGAAGCUGUCAUACCUGGCCGUGUUCAGCAUUGUCAUUACAGUGGAUGGGUUACCAUGACGACCUGUUAUGUUGGGAGCAGUGACCGCGGGUUAGUGCUUCGGCGUAGGCUCUUUGGAGCUUUUAAUUCGGUCUCCAUUUUAGCAUGUUCUGUAAAAGUGGGACUAUUAACAUUGCCCUUCACCUCCCCCACUGUCUUCGAACGCUUGAGCUGUAGACCUCAGUAUAGCAGCGUCUAAAGCAGGGAGGGGGGGGAUUUCAAAAGCCAUAAACUGUGAAGCCAGGUAUGAUGUCAGCAGACCCCUGUGUGUCACUUCCUUCUGCAUCCCCGUCUCCUCAGAAGCAACAUGAUCAGUUUCUCGCAAAACCUAGGGCAUUGAAUGAUAAUUUUUCCCCCUAAACUUUCUCAAUUCUAGAGUUACUAUUUGCACAGUAAAAGAGGCAGAUGUUCUGUGGCGUGCAGUAUCCGCAGAUGUUAAAGUGGGCUACAUUGCUCAGCUCUAUUUAGUUGUGUCGUUAAACCACAGAAUGUCCCAUCUUGGAUUAAUGCAGAGCUGCCUUGAGGACUCCAACAAGUAUUUAAGUAGGAGCUGGCGAAUGAAAACAAAGUGCCAGAUGUUUGAGUGAAUAUGCCAUACUGAAGAAGCAGGUGUUGCCGAGGGACGGUCAGUUCCACAGACGAUGGCUCCGGACGGAAUGUGUGGGUCUGGUUCACAGGUUUCCCGCGUUCUCAGUUACGGUCCGCUUGCUCGGCUAACCGCUGAGCUCUCUCUGGCUCACGCGUAGCUUCCUCUAGUUCCCUCGCCCCAUCAAUCACCAGAAUGAUCAUUCAGUGCCGUUUCACACCGCCUGUUUCUGCAAGUUUGUCACAGGCCUCAAACACAUCGCUGUUUUGGAUUCAAAUACUUUUCUCCGCUUUAUUGAGCUUGUCUGGUGUAUCAGAACCUAUGAAGUACUCUGAAAAAGUGCCAACCCCGCCUUCUGGUCCUCUUGGUUGGCUCAGUUGCACCAGGCGAGAUCAGUCGAUCACAGCAAAGUGUUUGAACGAUUUGAGCCAGGUCAGCUUGAAUGAGAUUUCACACACGAGGCCGCACUUUUUCUAAUAGAUGCAAUAUGAAUUGAAUGCAGGAAGACCAGUGUGAGUAGACUUUUUAUUUGGAUUUAAAUAAUUCUAUUCAAAGUUCUGGUUUGUCUAGAAUGAAUAGCACGUCGUUUGAACGAUCCAAAGAUGCCUCAAGCCAUGUCCAAAUGCUGCUUUUUAGUCCCGCCCUCCCUCCCUCGUCCCUCCAAUCAUGGCCUGCAGGACAAACCUGAAGUUCCUUUGUGUCCAUUUCUUUUUGUAUGAUUUCCGUUUUUAUUUUAUGUUUUUAAUUCGACUGUUUAAUGAAUUUUCAUUAUUACGGUUUGAGAAUUCGUAUGGGGUCAGACAGUACUUGAGCUGUUUUGACGUUUUUGUGUUUUUAUUUUUGAUUUGUUCAUUUUCUUUAAGGAAGCCCCAUAGCGUGCCUCUUUCGUUGAAUGGGUUUCUUAAUGUUUUUAUUUCCUAAAAACCAGCAGUGGUCUUAUACCUUGUAUAAGAAAAUGUGUUUAUCCUUGUUUUUUUAUUUUUAUCCGUGUCCUUUAAUAAAACAAUCCUCUUUUCUUUACUCUGGAUCCAGUAGCUGCACUGGUAAACAAUCGCACUGAUAGUUAUACAAGACGACAAUAAUAAUAAUUACAGUGAUGGGAAGAAUAAUAAAUGACUAGAACUACAAUAAACUAGAACUUUUAUAAGAAAAAAAAAUACAGUUUUGUAUAUCAAAGUUAUAUAUUUUGGAUCUAGUUUCUGUAUUAUUUUAGAGGUUUUCUAUGUUCAGUAACUACCAUGAAUGAUUUUGAAUGUGUCACCAGCGUAUUGAUCUAGCAUUGGUGACGUGGUGUGUGGGGGGGGCGCCUGGUGUUGCCCACCUCCCUUGCAUGCCCACCGUUUUUUUCUUUUCAGUCCCAUGAAGAAUGUCAACAGUGACAAAUUACCUGGAACAAGACCUCUCCUACAACUAGAUCCUCCUUCCUUCAACAUGUAAUUGCUUUUAGUGCGAUGGGACUCAAAACUGGACGAUUUCAAGACCGAAUGGCUCUGUAAAAACAUGGGGGGGGGUUACCUCUGUAUCCUCUGCAGAGAUGGGUUAUCCGUUGGUAUGUGAGCAGCAGUAAUGGCAAUUAUAUUGUACUUUUAAACACUAUUGUUAUUUUCUUUCAAAUCAUUUAU